GACACUCUGGAUGGAUCAAGAUCCUGAAGGACUGUGCUGCUGGACAGGUCAGAAUUUGAGUUCGAUAAAUAAGCCUAAACAAGUUACAUCCUUCCUCAACACAGAGCUUCAAACUUCGGUCAUACAAUGCCAAAUGACAUGCAGCACAACAAAAGUUCUUCGUCUAUCCCUCGUUCUAACGGCGCCCAUGAGGAAUUUUUGAGAGAACGCUAUGCUAACAGGCCAAAGGUUGGUGCUACCGAGCUGAUUGCUAGAUACAGGCGUGGACAAACGAAUCCCGUGUCAUUACUGCACCAGCUCUCACAAACACUGGGGUUCACGUUGGACAUGAAAGAAACAGUCACCACAGGUAAUGUGACAACUCUAUACUUCGCUUACUGUGCUGUGAUUGAUGGCGUGGAGUACAAGACGGGCAUGGGAAUCAAUAAGAAGGAUGCUAAAACAAACGCCGCUCAGCUUGCUAUCAAUGACCUCAUUCCAGUCUUGGAAAACUCUGGAAUUGUUCACGGUACCGGAGCUGGACGAACAUCUGCGCCUCCCCCGUUACCCGUGAAAGAAGCACCCCAUUCAGAGCCUGCUCCAACAAGUAUAUUGACCCACGAGAGAAAGAAGAACCCGUUGGAAGAGCAAAUUAGAAACGCGGUCAAAGACUCUUUCACCAAAUUGCUAGAAAUGUGUCCCGAGUUUUCAGCUUAUGGAAGUACGGUGGCUGCGUUUGUUGCCCAGUCAUCCGCGGGUUAUGAGGUGGUGGCCAUAGGCACUGGCAGUUACAACACAAAAGAAACCAUCACAUCAAAUGGCCGCACUGUGAAUGACUCGCACGCAGUUGUGACAGCGCGUCGGUCACUGCUGAGGUACCUCUACCGAAACCUGCUGCUGUUCUUCAGCAAAACCACCGAGCUGCAGGAGAAGUCGAUUUUUCAGCAGAACGAGAAGACCAAGUUGCUGAACCUGAAGAGUGACGUCAACCUGCACCUGUACAUCAACCAGCUUCCCAAGGGCGCCGCUCAGAUCUCCCCGCACAUGCGCCUGAACCCACUCUCCAUGGCCGCGUGGGAGGUCAACAACCAGAUGAGCCUGCACCUCACCAUCGAGGGCAAAGUCUUCUCCGUGUUGUCGUCCACGGCGGAGCAGGUAGCCUCCAGGGUGGUCAGCAUGUCCAGCACCGACAAGAUCACCCAGUGGCAGGUGGUCGGCUUCCAGGGAGCGCUGCUGAGCCACUUCAUGGAGCCGGUCUACGUCACCAGCAUCCUCAUCGGCGACGAGAGUUGCACCAACCCGCGCGGCAUGGAGAUCGCCGUGAACCAGCGCGUGGACGGCAUCACCGCCAAGCUGCCCAUCUACUACUACGUGCACCGGCCGCACAUCAGCCUGAUCGGCAGCAUCACCUCGCCCGGCUGGCCGUCCGCCCAGCGCACCCUCAGCAUCAACUGGAGCCAAGGAGACAUCUCCAUGGAGGUGGUGAACGGACUGAACGGCAAGACCGUGGAGGAGUCGCCCUUCAAGAGCGGCCCCGCCAUGGCCAGCCGCCUGUGCAAAGCAGCCAUGCUGAGCCGCUUCCACCUGGUGGUCAAGGAGGCUCAGAGAGAGGAUCUGGGGAGCGCCACGUCCUACAGGGAGGCGAAGAUGAUGGCCAAACCCUACCAGGAGGCCAAGAGUGUCCUCAAGGCCUACCUGGCGGAGAGGGGCUUUGGCUCCUGGGUGGAGAAGCCCGCCGUCUGUGAACAAUUCAGCACCUGAGACAUUGUGUCAUCAUGCAAGUUUCAUGUUCAUUUCAGUUAAGUUAAGUGACCGGUGAAGCAUCACUGAGUUUGGUGAACAUACACAGUAAGUUUUGUAGUGUUAAAUCAACACUUAGGAAGUCCUACUCUCAAAUUGGAAAUUUGUGUUCCAGAGUUUUUGAAGUGGUUGGUUCAGCUAUUCACUUGCAGCAUUUGCAGUGCUGUGAGGCAUGGACUUGAGAAUUCUCAGAUUUUUCUGUUUCAUUUUUCUACAGCCAUCUGUAGAAAUGCCCUCGCAUUCUAUUUACAAAGCAGCAGAGGAUCUAGUUUGAAAGUGUUUCUAGGUGAGCCAAUGCAAGGCCUCUGUCUUUAUUCUUCUAUGCAACUUAAUGUUUACUCCCUCAUUUCAGCACUUUUGUAGAGCAUUUGUAUGUCUUCAGUAUGGUAAAUAUUAUUACAGUAUAUUGUAUCGCACAACAGUGUUACUAUUUUCAGUGUUAAAUGCCAUUUAAGCCCUGUUUCGGUUCCUCAGGUGUACAAGAGUCAGACAUUUAAAUUUGCCUGCACUGAUAUUCUAUUUUAUUUGAUAAGCCUAUAAAGGGACCUUUGUGGGCAUGCUAAUGUAUCCAGAGGGGCAUUACCAGUGAACAUCUAUUGAAUAUAUGAAGAUUACAUUUUUGGCAUUUUUUUCUUUAAUAAAACUUUUGUUUGAUUUAAGAAGACAUGGGGAAUAUCACUGACGAUGAUGUAUGUUGCAUGGCAACAACCCAUUUCUACAGCAACAACCUAUUUCUGGCAUGCAGAGAAAUACCUGUCGUUUUUUGAUUUUGUUGGCAUUUAAGUAAAUGUGUGCAAAUAUAAUUCUGAGCUUUCUUGACUAUUUCCAUUUAUUUGUCAUGCUGUCUAGCCUGGCUAUACAAUAUUGUUUUAAAAUUGGAAAAAAAAGUAAAAUUAGCAGUUGGCCGUGGGGCAGGUUUCUACAUCAGGCAUAAAUAAACAUGUUGAGAUGCUUAUUAUUUUUACCUGUGCUCUAACAUGUGAUUUCACAGACUGCAUCAUGGGCCUGACUUAAUAGCCAUGGUUAUCAGGAUAGGAUGGAGAAAUAAACUGGCUGUAACAAAUA